AUGGAUUCGAGAAAGAAUUGCAGGGAUGAGCAAUAUGGAGAAGAAGAAUUUGAGGAGGAGGAGGACGAAGGUGAAGAAGAAGAGGAGGGAAGUGAGGAUGAGUUCCUUCAAAACUUUGACGAAGAAUAUAACUUUGAGGACAACAGAAAGGUCAUCGAAGGAUUGAGCGCAGAAUACAAGGAUAUAAAGAAAAAGCUGGCAGCCAUUAAGAAAGAAGUUGACCUAUUUGACCAAGAUAUCAAUAAAACAAAUCAGAAGAUUUUGGAAAAAGAAGAAAAGAUUAAGGACCUACAAGAAAAAGAAAAUAAGGCAAAAAGCGAUAAAUCAUACUACCACGAAAAGUAUGAAGAAGAAAAAGGUUUCGGAGAUAUGGACGGAAUGGGAAAAAAAUAUAACACAGCAAAAAGUAUGGAAGAAAACAUACAGCAGGACAUAAUUGUUUGUGAAGAAGAAAUAUCAUUGUUGAAUCAAGAACUCGAAACCAUGAAAAAAAACAAGUAUCCCAGAGAAACCCUUCUUGAAAGAAUUAAAACUGAAAAGGAAAGGAAAGAGAAUCAAAUUAAAACUAAAAGACAAGAAAAAAGAAGAGCAAAAACACAUGAAUACUCACUGAUGCCAUCUCCUUUCCAGCCCUUUUCUGGAGACUCAGAGUGUCUAGACGUGAAGGUAAAAAAGCAUUAUUUCCAAAAAAUACAAUGCAUUGGUGCCCUUCCAGAAGAAUGUACACGAAUAAAUAUUUUGCUUGUCGGUCCAACUGGAGCUGGAAAGUCAUCUUUUUUGAAUACCUCUGCGACUGCUCUUGAAGACAAAGGACGGAUGAUACAUGUUUCAACCACUAGAAGAAUUGAAUCAGAAUCUGCAACAAUGAAAUUAAUUCCAGAGGAAUUGAAGAUAAACAAAGAUAAAAAUUUGACAGCAAUGAUAUUUGAUUGUCGAGGAUUGACGAUGACUGGCAAGCAACCUAUUGGUAAAAAAGAAAUGGAAUUAAUAAUAGGAGGUCAUAUCAGACCCUUUUCGGAGAUAAGCGAUGCAAUGUCCAUGAUGAAAAAUGAACACAUCUACCUUAAGGAUCCAAACAUCGAAGACGAGAUGCACUGCAUUGUUUAUGCUAUCAAAGCAAUUAGAGAUGGAGAACUACUAAACGAAAACCUUAACCGAGAACUUAAGAGCUUGUUAGACAUACUUACAAGCACAAGCAAACCUCAAUUUAUUUUACUAACAAAUAUGGAUAAAGUAGUUCCAAACAACGACAUCGCCAAUUUAUUUAGAUAUCCUUGUGUUAAACGAAAAUGCAAUGAAGCAUCAGAUGUGACGCACGUUACUCCUGCUUAUAUCUUACCUACAGCGAAUUAUACGACUGAGCUUGAGCCUACAGAUGUUAAAGAUGCAUUGUGUCUACUCAAUUUAUACAGAAUUGUUUCCAAUGCUCAUGAUUACGUAACUCGGAGAAUUAUUGAAAUAAAUACGAAGAGCCGAUUCUCUUAAAAGAAAGGGAAAAAGAAAAAAACAGAAUAAUUU